UGUACUCCGCGGGCUGCCGUAGAACGACGUGCCGUGUUCCAGUUUGUGAUGUUCGAAGCUAACAGCAAAAUGUUGCUGUCAUGGGCUUGUGUUUUGACGUUAUCAUUAAGUUUUAUCGGACAACAUGUCACGUUUGCAUUGCAGGACGUUACUAGGGAUUUAUUUGCCUCGGAGAAUCAUGGUACAGUCGCGGCUUUCGGUGACUUCAACUCUGAUAAACAGACUGACAUUUUCAUCAUCAGGAAGCGAUCUGAGCUGUUGAUUUUCUUGGCUGAUCUAAAAGCUCCUUAUUUCAAACCUAAAGUCCAUCUGACUAAAGAGGUUUUCCCUAGUGACUUCAGCAUAACCAGUGUGGUCCCGGGUGAUUACGAUGGAGACUCUCAGAUGGAUGUGCUUCUCACUGGCCACUCAAAGGGCUCCUCACAGACAACUGUCUUCAUCUUCUGGGGACAUAACCAAACUUUGGACCAGAGUGAAAGGGUGGAGCUUAACAGGACUUUUGAUGAUCAGCCCCUCAUCAUGGACUUUAAUGGGGACAUGGUUCCAGACAUUUUUGGAUCUGCUGGUGGUUCAUCAGAGGUUUGCUAUCUCAGGAACAGAGAACAAAAAUAUGAGAAGGCCCUCGGAUCUGAUGUCAAAAUGCGCAUCCCUCAUUCUAAUGCUUUCAUUGACCUUAACAAGGACUUCACUGCCGAUUUGUUCCUCACCACCGAAUCAAAUACAUUUGAGACCUGGAUUAAUAAGGACGGGAACUUCACCAGAACCCUGCCUGGAAAAGCUCCAAAUAAUACAGUGCAAGUGGGUCAAUCUGCAUUUGUAGACUUCGAUGGUGACGGCACCCAAGACCACCUCUUGCCAGUCUGUAUGGAUGAUUCAUGUGGCAAAAGUGCAAUUUACCUGGCCAAGACUGGAGGGACAAAGUGGGUGCCAGUGCUGACAGACUUCAGAUGGAAGGAUUCUGUGUGGGGCUUUGUGCCCCUUCAAGGUAGUUCCGCUUCGGAAGAACUGCAAAUUCCCAUCACCCUGCACUUAGGAGACUAUAACUUAGAUGGCUUUCCCGAUGCCCUCGUCAUCCUCCGUAACACCAGCAGUGGCAGCACGCAGCAGCAGGCGUUCCUGCUGGAGAACGUGCCGUGUAAUAACGCAAGCUGUCGGGAUGUGGGCCGCAUGUUCCAUGUGCACUGGGAACAGUCAGAUCUCAGUGCCAUCCCCAAGGCUGUUGUGGCCACUUUUUUUGACAUCUAUGAGGACGGAAUAUUAGAUAUGAUUGUGCUCAGCAAGGUGGAAAAGGAAGACCUCGUCAUCCACGCUUUGAAGAACAACUAUGAGGCCGACGCAUAUUUCGUAAAAGUGAUUGUGCUCAGUGGUCUGUGCUCCAAUGAUUGUCCAGAGAAUGUUAAGCCCUUCGGUGUGAAUCAGCCUGGCCCGUAUGUCAUGUACACAUCAGUGGACUCGAACGGUUAUCUAAAGAACGCGUCUGCGGGGCAGCUCAGCCAGUCAGCUCAUCUCGCACUCCAGCUGCCCUACACCGUGCUCGGUCUGGGGCGCAGCGCCAACUUCCUGGAUCACCUGUUUGUGGGCAUCCCCCGACCCCCUGGAGGGAAGGAUGUGAGGAAACAGGAGUGGACCGCUAUCAUUCCUAACUCCCAGCUCAUCGUUAUACCAUACCCACAGAAUGACCCGCGCAGCUGGAGUGCGAAGCUCUACCUUACCCCGAGUAAUAUAGUCUUAUUGACAGCGAUAGCACUGAUUGGUGUGUGCGUCUUUAUUCUCGUCAUCAUUGGGAUACUGCACUGGCAGGAGAAGAAAGCAGAUGACCGGGAGAAGAGACAGGAGGCCCAUCGCUUCCAUUUUGAUGCCAUGUGAGCAUUAUGGGUAAACACUGAGAAGAUCGGGUCUGCUUUCAUUUCAGUGGUUUAUUUAAUUUAAUAAUUUAUUUUCUUUCUUUUUUUUCACACUGGAGCAUUUUUAUGCAUUUAAUAAUGUCUGAGGAAUCUAUCAGAGGAAUCUAUCAAAAUAUGAAUGGUUUGAACAGUGAUGUGCCUCUGUAGAUCUGUUGACAUCUGAAGAGAAAAUGUUUCUGUCAAGUUUGUUUACAUGAUUCUAAACGCAUAAUGAUGUUUGCACAUUGAGAAGAAGUGUUUGGUGCCAUUUUCUGUACUUUGUUUUGGCAUAUAGGCGUUUCCUUGCAUUGUUAAAGUAACAGGUAAAUGUCAAGUGGGCAGAAACAGAACUGUUUUUGAAGGACUUAAUUAGUUGUCUUCCUUUAUGUGUAUGGAAUGGAUGUGACUGUGUGAUAGUUGUUUCACUUCACUAAUUUCCUUUAAAAAAAUAAACGCUUUGAAUCUAAGCGUUACAUAAGGCCCCCGUCAACAAAAGUGUGUUCUGUAAACUAAUUUUAUUAGGCAUUUUGAUGUAUGGAACCAAAAAAACUGAGUUAUUAAAAACUGCAUCACUCUAUUACAAUAAAGUAUUGCUUUAGCUAUCAACACUCAGUCCCAACCACUUCCAAAUGAUUCCCCAAUGUUUGUUUCAAUUUAUUAACAUGCCAUCGGAUGUAAACAUUCUAUAGAAAGUCCCCGACCCUAAUUGUCCAUAGUCAACAUAAAGCAGGUCGCUCUGUUUCUACAUGUCUUCAUUUUGCAUUCUAGUAAUUCCUACUGUGUCCGCCUUUCCGAUUGUCAGGCACAGUUAUCAGUACUUAAACUCUGGGUUGUUUUUCCAUUGUCACUGAUGCCUUUAGGUAUUUUUCCUUGAUUUCUAAAUGGGUUUAUUUAUUUCUUCUACCUAUUUUUAAAACACUGUAUUGUAAUUAUGUGCUGCUGAAGAAUGUUUAGUGUGAAGGGUUUUGUUCUUAGCUGUAUAUAUCUGACAGGUGCUCUGAUCAAUGUAUUAAUUUAUAUGCUAAUCUCUUUUACCUUUAUGUGGUGGUGUUAUGGUGCACUCUAUGCACAUUAAUUAAGCAGUUUCACUUCCAAAGGCAAAAUCAGUUGUCAAACCACCAAUAAUACAGCUGCAUACUAGACUUGCAUGUUAACUAGCAUACAAUUCAUGCAGAUGGUUUUUGCUAAUUGUUUCUGGUCAGUCCAUAUUGGUCCUAACAGGUUGUGCAUCUGUGCUCUGUUUUAAUUAAUUAAUCACAUGCGUUGAAAUGCUGUUUGUCAGUAGAUGUUUUUUUUUUUUUUUUUUUUUUUGAAUGUUGUAUUGAAAAAUAAACAUGACCAAAUUCUUUAUUA